AUGGAAGAAGGCCCAGAUCUGCAGCUCCAGCAGCUUCCACUCGCAACAGCUGCUGUAUCUGUACUGCCCCAUGAGGAUCCCUAUUCUUACAAGGAAAACUUGAUCGGUGCAUUACUAGCUAUAUUUGGUCAUCUAGUUAUCAGUAUUGCACUCAACCUCCAGAAGUAUAGCCACAUCCGGCUGGCAGGUUCCAGAGACCCUCGGGCCUAUUUCAGGACCAAGACAUGGUGGUGUGGUCUGUUUUUUCUGCUGCUGGGAGAACUGGGGGUGUUUUCGUCCUAUGCCUUUGCACCUCUUUCACUGAUUGUGCCACUCAGUGCAGUGUCUGUUAUAGCUAGCGCAAUCAUAGGAAUUAUAUUCAUUAAAGAAAAGUGGAAACCCAAAGACUUUCUGAGACGCUAUGUUUUGUCCUUCGUAGGCUGUGGUUUGGCAGUCAUUGGAACUUACCUGCUGAUAACAUUUGGACCCAACAGUCAUGAGAUGAUGACAGGAGACAAUAUAACUAAGCAUUUAGUCAGCUGGCCAUUUCUUUUAUAUAUGCUUGUGGAAAUCAUACUGUUCUGCCUGCUGCUGUAUUUUUACAAGAGGAAAAAUGCAAACUACAUAGUAGUUAUUCUUCUGCUGGUAGCAUUGCUGGGGUCUAUGACUGUAGUGACUGUGAAGGCUAUAGCAGGCAUGACUGUUGUCUCAAUACAAGGAAGCCUCCAGCUCGGCUACCCUAUAUUCUAUAUCAUGUUGGUAUGCAUGGUUGCAACAGCGGUAUUUCAAGCAAGGUUUUUAACCCAAGCCUCGCAGCUGUAUGACUCAUCUCAGAUUGCCAGCAUAGGCUACAUCCUGUCCACAGCAACAGCGAUUACAGCAGGAGCAACCUUCUACUUGGACUUCACUGGUGAAGAUGUUCUCCAUAUAUGCAUGUUUGCACUAGGGUGCCUCAUUGCAUUUUUAGGCGUCUUCUUAAUCACAAGAAACAAGAAGAAAUCCAUACCAUUUGAACCCUACAUCUCAAUGGAUGCUAUGCCAGGCAUGCAGAAUGUGCACGACAAAGGAAUUGCAGUUCAGCCUGACCUCAAAGCUUCCUUUUCCUAUGGUGCCCUGGAGAACAAUGAUAGCAUGGCGGAGAUCUACACUCCAGCCACACUGCCAAUAGUGCAGGAGGAGCAUGGUUCCAAAGGAGUUUCUGCACUGCCCUAUCGUGUGCUGGAGCACAGUAAAAAGGAGUGA